AUGACGGUGGACCUGCCGGUGUCCACCAUGGCCAUGGUUGUCCUCCUGGGGCCCGCCGUGGUGCUCUGGGCCGUUGUCGAGGCUGGCAUGCUGGCGCAGCGGGCUGCAGGCAGGGAGAAGCCAUCCCUGGGGCCCCUGACUGGCGAGAAGAUGCUGACGCUGCUCCGCUGCAGCUCGAUUCUCGCCGGGGUGCUCUUCCUGUGCUACUUCUGCGAGCACCUCAUGUGGAACCAGCCGGCCGAGAAGGUGGUGCGCCCGGAGAUGUACUGGGGCAGCUUCGCGGUGCUCGUCGUUGUCUCUCUGUUCACUAUCCGCAAGACAGACUGCAAGGACUUCAUGAACCGCGAGCAGACGGAGGAUCCAGGGUGGAAAGGCUGGAUGCAGUUCCUCUUCCUGCAGUACCACUACUGGAAGAUGGAGGACGCGUACAAGGACAUCCGCGUCUACAUCACGUGCUACCUGUGGAUGACAGGCUUCGGGAACUUUUCCUUCUUCUACGUUAAGCGGGACUACAGUCUCCUGCGCGUCUUGCAGAUGAUCUGGCGCAUGAACUUCUUCGUUGUGUUCCUGUGCCUGACCAUGGACAACCCGUACAUCGUGUACUACAUCUGCCCCUUGCACACGUUCUAUUUCCUCGUCACCUACGCGACCAUGGUCGUCUGGUCUGAGGUGAACCAUCGUCAAUACGCCCCCCUGGUCAAGGUGAUUACCUGUGCCGCGCUGCUGUACACGGUGUACGACCUCAUUCCCAGAUCCUUUGAUUUCUUCUUCUUCUGGCUCGGAAACAAGAGCACUGGAGCGCCCAUCGGCGCCCACGGUGUGGAAUGGGAGUGGUACUUCCGCAGCUUCCUGGACCAUUUUUCAACCUGCUGGGGGAUGGUCUUCGCUCUGAACAUGCCGUUCCUCGCGGAGUGGUUCAAGAAGGUCGAGACUUUCUCUUUGGCCAGGGAAUGGGGCAUCAAGGGGACCGUCGCAGUUGGGCUCCUUGGCAUGAGCGCGGCCUGGGCAGCGAACAUUUACACCCGCAGCAAGGGCGGCUACAACGCUCUCCACUGCUACUAUGCGGUCGUGCCCCUGUUGACGUACCUCUUCAUCCGCAACAUCUCCAAGACCUUCCGGAGCUACUACCUCCACGGCCUCCACUGGUUCGGCACAAUCACGCUGGAGUCGUACCUCUUGCAGUACCAUGUGUGGCUCGCCGACAACGCCGCCAAGCUACUGAACAUCAUCGAGGGGCAGUGGCUUCUCACCUUCGUGAUCGCGUCGGUGUUGCACGUGUUCCUCGCGUGCCAGGUGUUCACCAUCACCAACAAGCUGCGCAGCCUGGUGCUCCCCAAUAAUCUACCAGAGGCGCUGCGCAACCUGUCCAUGCUCAUGGCGGCUAUCUUCGCAAGCUUCCUUGUGGCGCACGCGUUCAGCCACACUGGCCUCGGGGCAGGAUACCUGUGCCUGGUUGUGCUGAUGGUCGCGGCUGGCAUCGUCGGCGCGGUCUUGAAAGCGUCGGAGUUGGUGCCGUCAGGCUCCAAGAUCGCCGAGGCGCACACGACCGUGUCCGCGCAGGUCUUCUUCGGUGUCGCGUUUGUCGGCUGCAUGGUCGCGACCCAUACCAUGAUGGGCUACAGCAGGGAGGUGAGCGCCAGGGUGCACCUCAUGGCGAACGAACGCAGCGCAUCUGCUCGUCUGACCAGCGUGUCCGGCCUGCAGAUGACGAUGAACCAGCCAACGGCGGUAGCCCUUGCGCGCGAGCUGGACCACUACGAGCUUCUGGACUCCUUCAUGUACGGCCGUGAGCAUGCCUUCGAGAUCGGCUCACUGGCGCAGCCGUGGCACGGACUGGUGGCUAUGGCGGCCCUCAUCUGGUGCAUCGCGUGCAGGGACUCCUUCUUCGGCCUCUCGCGCCUGGCGUUGGCGAUGCUGGGCCCCGAGGGGCAGAAGACCAUCACUUGGGAAGAGGCCUACGGCCCAGUCUUGCACAAGCUCGGCAUUCGCAAGCCGGACGCCGAGGAGGCCGGCGUCACUGGGGAGCCGCCGAACGAGCGCACGCCGCUGACAGCCGGCUGCGCCAGCAAGUGA